GGCUCCAGUGGUGACAGGUUGUCCAGCUUCUUACAGCCAUCUUCACUGAAACUGAAGUUAACUCCUCACUGUCUAUGGACAACGACUCUCUGUUUCCAAGGGCUUGAAGACUUUUUUUCACUUUUCUCCUGUGCUGUCAUCUCCAAGUUCUCCUUUGGAUAAUUAUCUUUGAAGCGGAUUGCCUGGGUUGAACAUCCUCAUCUGGGUCAACUAUAAAAAGAAAGCAUGCAAGACGACAGCAUAGAAGCUUCUACGUCCAUCUCUCAACUUCUAAGAGAGAGCUAUUUAGCUGAAACUAGACAUCGGGGAAACAACGAGAGGAGUCGAGCAGAGCCUUCCUCCAACCCUUUCCAUUUUGGCAGCCUUUCUGGGGCUGCUGAAGGAGGAGGAGGUGGAGGAGGAAACCAAGAUGACCUUCCAGAUCUUUCAGCCUUUCUGAGCCAAGAAGAAUUAGAUGAAAGUGUCAAUCUGGCAAGACUGGCCAUCAAUCAUGACCCCUUGGAGAAAGCCGAUGAAACGCAGGCUAGAAAACGUCUAUCUUCUGACCAAUUGAGACAUCCACCUAAAUCAAAUUUUGAGCCUAACUUCUGCCCGGAUAACCCUCAAAGCCCUAGCAGUCCUAAAGAGAGUCCCCAGGAGACGAAACGGCCACAGUAUAGCUCUGAAACCCAGUCGAAAAAGGUAUUCCUCAAUAAGGCCGCCGAUUUCAUCGAGGAGCUCUCCUCCCUUUUCAAGGCCCACAGCUCCAAAAGGAUCAGACCUCGCGCCUGCAAGAACCACAAGAGCAAACUAGAAUCUCAAAACAAAGUGACACCGGAAAGCAGCCCCAACUUCUCAGAUCUGUCGGAAAGACGAGAGCGAUCGUCAGUUCCCAUCCCCAUCCCCACCGACGCCAGGGAUAACGAAGUCAAUCACGCUCUGGAGCAGCAAGAAGCCAAGAGGCGCGAGGCCCAGCAGGCUGCGCAGGAGGCAGCUGGUGGCGAUGCCAGUCCCGGGUCUUCACCUUCUUCUCUGUACUACGAGGAACCCCUGGGGCAGCCUCCCCGCUUCACUCAGAAGUUACGGAGCAGAGAAGUCCCCGAAGGAACCCGAGUACAGUUGGAUUGUAUAGUGGUAGGAAUUCCUCCACCUCAAGUAAGGUGGUAUUGUGAAGGCAAGGAACUGGAAAAUUCCCCAGACAUUCACAUCGUGCAGGCAGGAAACCUGCACUCUCUCACCAUUGCUGAAGCCUUUGAAGAGGACACAGGACGCUAUUCUUGCUUUGCUUCUAACAUCUAUGGCACUGAUUCAACUUCUGCUGAGAUUUACAUAGAAGGGGUUUCUUCUUCUGACUCUGAGGGGGACCUUACGAAGGAAGAGAUGAACCGAAUCCAGAAGCCAAAUGAGAUGUCAUCACCCCCCACUACCUCUGCAGCCAUUCCUUCGGCAGUGCCCCAAGCCCAGCAUUUGGCAACCCAGCCCAGAGUAUCAACCAUCCAGCAGUGUCAGAGUCCCACCAACUAUCUUCAAGGACUGGAUGGAAAACCUAUCAUUGCAGCUCCUGUGUUUACAAAGAUGCUACAGAAUUUGUCUGCUUCCGAGGGUCAGCUGGUUGUCUUUGAAUGCAGAAUAAAAGGAGCUCCAUCCCCUAAAGUCGAGUGGUAUAGAGAAGGGACCCUGAUAGAAGAUUCUCCAGAUUUUAGGAUUUUACAGAAAAAACCUCGAUCCAUGGCAGAGCCAGAGGAGAUCUGUACUUUGGUCAUUGCUGAGGUGUUUGCAGAAGAUUCUGGGUGUUUCACAUGUACAGCAAGCAACAAAUACGGCACCGUGUCGAGCAUCGCACAGCUGGAUGUGAGAGGAAAUGAAGACCUAAGUAACAAUGGGGCUCUUCACUCAGCCAACUCCACCACCAACCUGGCUGCUAUUGAGCAACAGCCAUCCCCGCCCAACCCAGAGCCUCCUUCUGUGGAACAACCCCCCAGACCCAAACUUGAAGGCGUCUUGGUGAACCAUAAUGAGCCCCGGUCCAGCUCAAGGAUUGGGCUCCGUGUGCACUUCAAUCUGCCUGAAGAUGACAAAGAAAGUGAAGCAUCCUCAGGGGGAGGCGUGGCUACAGCCAACCUGAGCAGGCCUGACUCUUUCCCAGAAAGGCUCAAUGGGCAAGCAACAAAAAUCUCAGAGCCUUCCUCACCAAUCAAAGAGCCCCCGCCCAUUCUGGCCAAACCCAAACUUGACUCCAGUCAAUUACAGCAGCUUCACAACCAAGUCUUGCUGGAACAGCAGCAACUGCAAAACCCAUGUCCUGCAUCGCCCAAAGAGUUUCCCUUCCAGGGGAGCGUGCUGAACUCCACGGCCGCCUCCAGCAAGCAGGCCAAGGCCCCUGCCGCACAGACUUUCAGCUUGGCCCGGCCCAGGCACUUCUUUCCCUCGGCCAGCGCCACCACGACUCCUGGGUCCCCAUCCAGCUCUCCGGUGUUCACCCUGACCAGCGCUCCUCAAACAGUUCAGAGGACAGUGUGCAAAGAAAGCCCCUUAGCGCCCAACCCUUCCGUGCAAACAAAAUCUCCAGGUGGAGGUUCCAUCCAAAACCAGCCACUUGGUCCAGGCCCAGCAGAGCCAGCACCGCCAUCGCUCUCGUUUUCCAUCCCCAGCGCAAACCAGUUUCAGCCCCAGUGUGUGUCCCCAACACCUGUUUCUCCUACCGGCCGGAUUCAGAACCCAGUGGCUUUCCUCAGUUCCGUGCUACCUUCUCUCCCAGCCAUCCCACCCACCAAUGCUAUGGGACUGCCUAAAAGUGCGCCAUCUGUGCCAUCCCAGGGACUAAUGAAGAAGAAUACCAAGUCUCCUCUACCAGUGAGUGAUGACUACAUUCGUGAAACUAAGAAUGCAGUGAUUCUAGACUUGGGGAAGAAAAUGAGUUUCAAUGAUGUCAGAUCAAACCAGCAGGAGUACAAAAUUUCAAGCUUUGAACAAAGGCUGAUGAAUGAGAUCGAGUUUCGCUUGGAACGUACGCCUGUGGAUGAGUCAGAUGACGAAAUCCAGCACGAUGAGAUCCCCACCGGCAAGUGCAUUGCUCCCAUCUUUGAUAAAAGGCUCAAGCACUUCCGGGUUACAGAAAGCUCCCCAGUCACCUUCACCUGCAAAAUUGUUGGGAUUCCAGUUCCAAAGGUUUACUGGUUCAAAGAUGGGAAGCAGAUUUCUAAGAGAAACGAACACUGCAAAAUGCAGCGCGAAGGAGAUGGGACAUGUUCUCUGCACAUUGAAUCCACCACCAAUGAUGACGAUGGCAACUACACCAUCAUGGCAGCCAACCCCCAGGGAAGAAUCAGCUGUUCUGGCCACCUGAUGGUGCAGAGUUUGCCCAUUCGCAGCCGACUAACACCUGCUGGUCAGUCUCACAGGGGAAGGUCUCGAGUGCAAGAAAGAGACAAAGAGCCCCUACAAGAACGCUUCUUCCGACCACAUUUCCUGCAGGCUCCUGGAGACAUGGUAGCUCAUGAAGGGUGCCUCUGUCGCCUGGACUGUAAGGUGAGCGGCCUACCGCCCCCAGAGCUGACAUGGCUGCUCAAUGGCCAACCUGUGCUACCAGAUGCCACACAUAAGAUGCUGGUCAGGGAGACGGGAGUCCAUUCUCUGCUCAUUGACCCACUCACCCAACGUGAUGCAGGGACCUAUACAUGCUUGGCUACCAACAAAACUGGGCAGAAUUCCUUUAGUCUGGAGCUCUCUGUAGUAGCCAAAGAAGUGAAGAAAGCCCCUGUGAUCCUGGAGAAACUGCAGAACAGCGGCGUUCCUGAGGGCCACCCCGUGAGGCUGGAGUGCCGCGUGAUUGGCAUGCCCCCACCGGUCUUCUACUGGAAGAAAGACAACGAGACCAUCCCUUUCACCAGAGAGAGGAUCAGUAUGCACCAAGACACAACAGGGUAUGUCUGCCUCCUCAUUCAGCCAGCCAAGAAAUCAGAUGCUGGAUGGUAUACAUUGUCAGCCAAGAACGACGCUGGCAUUGUGUCCUGCACUGCCAGGCUGGAUAUAUAUGCUCAAUGGCACCAGCAGAUCCCACCACCCAUGUCCAUCCGACCCAGCGGCAGUCGCUAUGGAUCUCUCACUAGUAAAGGACUUGACAUUUUUUCUGCCUUUUCCUCCAUGGAAAGCACGGUGGUGUAUUCUUGCUCUUCUCGGAGUGUGGUGGAGAGCGAUGAGCUUUAAGGAUGUCUGGGUGGCUGCGGUGUUGAGGGGGCGGACUGUGGAGAGGGCAGGAGGGCAAGCCAGGCAGAGGUUUCAAGCAAUUGGAUUUGAGUGAGUUCCCACGCUGCUGGAUCUGUGGCAAGAAGCUUUGAAUAAGGUUGGCUGGGAGCUCACACUCUAGCUGAGGGAGAGCUAUAGGGCUGGGCCUCCUACAGAUUCCAGCAACAACAACGAACACCACAAAAUGUAAGUAGACAAUACACAUGAACCAAAGAUGUCAUACCACUGCUGUCCACUGCUUUGGGGAAAAGCUAGCCUGCUUCUUGGACCCUGUUCUCUUAGUGAUGCUCAGCCCCUACUAGGGGCAACUAGAGGCCCUAUGCCUGGGCUGAGAAGACCAUAGGAUAUAAUGGUUUCACCCAGCAAUGCAAAGGCAACAGGUGGGAAGGUCACCAGCACCUAUUACUGGUCACAGUGGUAGCAGUAGUUUUAGUGAAUUCAUUCAGUCAGCUUCCACUCAGCAUUAGAAAAUCAGGCUGUACAACCCACAAAUGUGGUGAAAUGCUUUUGCUUUAUACAUCCUGGUGUAGGCAGCCACAUAAUAAAGUGCCAAAUUGCGCUUGAGAUAUUAAAAAAAAAAAGCAAAUCCCAGCAACACUCACUAUUGUACAAUGUGCUUAUUCUGUGGCCAAAAUAGAGCCCUAGCAGUUUAGCCAUACCAUUUUCUUUUGGAUAGGGAACUACUUUUUUUUUCUUCUUUCUGACUACAUCUGCCUAGACUCUAGAACAAAAAGGCCUAUUAACAAAUCAAUCAGAAAAAGAAAAAUAUUCUGCAGGGCUGUAAGGUCAUUUUAAAAAGAGCCAGCUUCAGCCGGUGACUUAUGCCUGUAAUCCUAGCUUCUCUGGAGACUGAGAUCUGAU